AUGGCCUGCACCGCCAUCAUCAGCCACAUCCCCAACCGCGCCAUGGAGAAGCUCAGACAGGCCGCAACCCUGACCGAAGUCGCUUGGCGCGCCGCGCGCUGCAGCCUCAAGCGCCGCUACAACACCAGCCAGAACAUGGUCCGUAAGCGCAGGAGGCAGCACAGGAAGCGGCGGCCUGUCUCGCGGGCGUCUUCAACCGCCAGCACGCCCGGGGAGAGCGCGGACCCCAAGGCCAACCUCUUCUUCACCCAGCUUCCCUGGGAGAUCCGCCGGAUGAUCCAGGUCAUCGCCUUUGGGGAGCGGACAGUCCACAUGGACCUCAGCUACCGAUACCCCCUCAUCCUCCGUGACGGUCACUGUAAGCACACGAGUUCUCAUGCCAGGAUACACGCAGAGAACCCCGCCCAGGGCAGCCGGUACGACACAUCCCAGGAGGAGGAAUGGAGGUGGUUUGGCUGCGUCUGCCAUCGCAACUCGCCAAAAGCCAUCCCCCUCCCCUUCGGCAGAUGGUGCCACUACCCGUGGGAACAGUACUCUGACGCGGACAUGGACUACUGCCUGAUGGGGUGUGCAAACUGCUACGCCUGGCCGGGCAAGGUGCCGGGCAAGAAGUGCCAGAUCGGCAUCUUGGGAUGGCUUCUGACGUGCCGGAAAGCUUAUAACGAGGGCACGCACAUAUUGUUUGGCACCAACACGAUAUACAUCAAAUCAGCGACGCUUAUGCACAGCCUCCACAACCUAAUCCCGACAACCAGGUUAUCGGACAUGGCGUCGCUUCACUUCGAGUGGGAUCCGCACCAACUGGCCUUGGCGGACUUCCUCACCGAUCAUGGUCGGAAGGCCGGCACAGGGAACGAUCAGCAGCCAGGGUCGCCCAUCUUCCCGGCCCUUGCGUUUUUGAGAAUCACUUUGGCCAGACCGACAUAUGGCGCACACGACGACAUGACGGGGCUCAUAUGGCCAUAUGAGAACAGGGAGGAACUUUCCAACAGGCUGCUCCACCGAUUCCUACCAACUGUUGACGCGUUGGUAUGCAGGAUCGUGCCCCCAAGCACGGAAGUGACGUUGUCGCUGAGCCCCUGGGAGAGAUACGCAGCCGUCGACUACCGGCUUGUCGCCAUCCAGGGCAAGGAACGAUCGCGACCCCGGUGGUCCGAAUUUGGGGGCGUCAAAUGUUGGAGGGAGAUUCCCGCCAAGGAAGGGGCUACGCCACGAGGCUACUGGGUUCAUGGAUAUACCGUCGGGAAUGGGCCGUUCCCCGACCAGAACCAUGGCCCGUUCCGGAACGAAGUUUACAAGACAGGAAAACUACCCCCUCAGACAUAUGAACGGCACCGUGAACUUUCGCAAGAUCUGUGGAAGUCUUGGGAGGUUGAUGCAUCCUAG